GUUGACAGCAAAUGUCGAGGCACGAGUUUAUAUAUUUUGUGUUUUGUUCCUUUCUCCUUUCAUUUGAGUUCCAGAGGUAGUUAGAGGUUAAGUUCCUUAAGAGUUAUUAUUUUUAUUUUUGUAAUGUUACGGAUUUUAUUAGUCUUCCUUACAGUUGUAGCAACAUUUUCUAAUGGCAGUCAGUUCAAAUCACUACAGCAAAAUCAUAGACCUCAAGACCUCUCAAAUGCUGAUAUUAAAUAUUUAGCGACUCUCUCCGACUUGAAAUACACAGACGAGGUUUUAGACAAUAUACUCAUACCUAGAGUGGUAGGCACUCCAAACCAUGACAAAGUGUUCAAUUACAUCAAAUCGGAACUGCAAAAGUUGAAGUGGCACGUAGAAGUUGACGAAUUUGACGAUGUCGCCCCGAAACAGUUUGGAACACUUAGAUUCAGAAAUAUCAUCGCCACUUUAAACCCCAAUGCAGAGAGAUACUUAGUAUUGGCUUGCCAUUACGACAGCAAAUAUUUUAAGGAUACUGUUUUCGUUGGUGCUACUGACUCGGCAGUACCUUGUGCUAUGAUGCUGAACCUUGCAAAAGUCAUGCAAAAAGAUUUAAAUUCAAUCAGGGACAAAUCUAACGUGAAUCUGAAACUAGUUUUCUUUGACGGAGAGGAAGCUUUCGUUAAUUGGGGCCCUACUGAUUCCAUAUAUGGAGCAAGGCAUUUGGCUGAAGUUUAUCAUAAUAAUAGGCUGCUCAGUAUAACAACUGGCGAAACAAUUUCUGAUUUAGAUAGGAUGGACAUGUUGGUACUUCUGGAUUUGAUUGGUCAUAAGAAUUCCAGGUUUUAUAGUAAUUUUAAAAAUACACAGGAUUGGUAUUUAAGACUGGCAGAUAUAGAGGAUAGACUUCAACAUUUGAAACUGUUGAAAAAAUCAAAUAACCAUAGGUACUUUUUGAGAAGAGCAUAUGGUGGAUACAUCGAAGACGAUCACAUUCCAUUUUUAAGGAGAAACGUUCCGAUUCUGCACUUAAUUUCUAAUCCGUUCCCAGAGGAAUGGCAUAAGCCAGGCGACAACAGGGACAUAGUGGACAGGGAUACUGUCGAAAAUAUCAACAAAAUACUAAGAGCCUUUGUGGCAGAAUAUCUCAGCGUUUACCUGGACGUCACAGAAGAACACAUUCCGGAAAAAGAAUUGUGACCACGGACUGUUUUGAAACACUUAGCUUAGACUAAGGAUGUGCAAUAC